UUUUUCAUUUAAAUCAAAUUCAUUUCUCUCUCUCUCUCAAUCGUCUAUGGCGGCCAUGGAGGGAAUUCAAGAUCAAUCUCAGCAGCAGCAGCAGCAGGCGGCACCGCCGAAGCCGGCGGCGGAGAGGCUGAACCCGGCAGUGCAGCAGCAGCUGAACCUGGAGUCCGUUAAGACCCGCGCUAUCAGCCUCUAUAAGGCCAUCUCGCGCAUCCUCGAGGACAUUGACGCAGUCGCCCGCGCUAAUGCCGUCCCUAAAUGGCAAGAUAUAUUGGGGCAAUUUUCCAUGGUGAAUCUUGAGCUUUUCAACAUUAUGGAAGAUAUUAAGAAGGUUUCCAAGGCUUUUGUAGUACAUCCAAAGAAUGUUAAUGUGGAGAAUUCUACAAUACUUCCAGUAAUGUUGUCAUCAAAACUAUUACCUGAGAUGGAAACAGAUGACAACUUCAAGAAAGAGCAAUUGCUUCAUGGGAUGCAAAACCUGCCAAUAUCUGUACAAAUUGAAAAACUGAAGACAAGAAUCGAUAUGAUUGGAGCAGCCUGUGAGAGUGCUGAAAAAGUUCUGGCUGAGACCCGUAAAGCCUAUUGUUUUGGUACUCGUCAAGGUCCAACAAUGGUUCCAAUAGAUAAGGUGCAGGCUGCCAAAAUUCAGGAACAAGAGAAUUUGCUCCGAGCUGCUGUAAAUUUUGGUGAAGGCUUACGUAUGCCCCUUGAUCAGAGGAAGAUUACAUCUACCCUUCCAAUGCAUCUGGUAGAUGUGCUCACUGUGGGUGAUGGGGUGCAAACUUUUUCUGAUGCAUCAGGCAUGUACAUGAAGAAUACUCCUCCCCAAUCAUCAAUCAAUGCUACUCAGGGUUUGUUACAGGCUUCUGGAGCACAACUUAUUGGAAGAUCAGCUGCAUCUCCAUCUGGUCCUACUGGGGCUACUUCCUUUGAUAAUACAACAACAUCUCCACUGCCAUAUGCCAACUCACCAAGGUCUGGCACUAAUAUGAUGAACACACCUUCUCCUCAGCAACAGACUCAGCAUCAGCAACAGCAACAGCAACAGCAACAGCAGCAGCAGCAGCAAAGGCAGAAACUCAUGCAACAUAUGUCUCCGCAUCAACAGCAACUCCUUGCUCAACAGUUAAGGCAAUCUUCAAUGCCAGGCCUGGGACAGAACCAGCUGCCGCAGCUGCAUGAUUUGCAAGGCCAGGCACAGCAGAAGUUUCAGCCAUUGCCUGGACAACAGCAGAUGCAGUUUUCUCAGACAAUGGGGCACCAGCAAUUUCAGAGUCGGCAGCUGCCUUCUGGACAUGUCCAGCAUGGCAUGGGUCAAAGCCAACUCAGCCAAGGAAACCAGUUGAAUCGUCAUCUAAGCCAGUUUUCUGGAGGUGCAAAUAAUGCAUUGUUUAAUGCAGCACAGGGUACACCAAGUACUCAGAUGAUUUCAAACAUGUCAGCUACAAUGCCAUCACAAUCGCUUCUGCCAAGGAUGCAGUUGGGAUUAGCCGGCAACCCCCAGCGCAGUCAUCUUCUGAGUGAUCAAAUGUUCAACAUGGGGGCAGCAAAUCCGGGUGGUAUGAUGCCCAUGCAGCAGCAACAGCAGCAGCAUGGCUCACAAGGUGCAUUCGGUAACAUGCAACCAAAUGCUCAGAAUCUACAACCUGGCAUGGUAGCCCUCCAGAACGCAACUCAGAAUCAUCCCAAUUUCUCGCAACAGAGACAGCAAAAUCAGCAGUAAAUCUACAAACCCCUGAACUUUAAUUUCAAACUACUGUUGUUGAUCGAUAACUUCUCGGUUAUUUUGCUUUAGUCAUCUGCAUUUUUAAGUAAAUAAUGUUUGCCAAUUCUGGAUUUCAGUAUAUCCUUGGAUAAAUAGGGCUGUAAAUCUGUCUUGAAACUUUGGCUUGGACCUGUAGAUAAAUGGAGCUCUAUUUCAUGUUUUUUUUUUA